AUGUCUCGCGGGGACAGAGUCGCCACCUCCGGAAAUUUGAAGCUCUCGAUGCGCGAUAAUUACGCCGCGCACGGUGUAGAAGAGUACUAUAAGAAAGUCAGCGCUUCGUACCGUAAUCCGCACUAUCCUGGCGUAAGGAAAUGUCUCUUCUCGUGGUAUGCAAGCUGGUGGAAGGAAGAGUAUGCAAAUGCGUCAAGCCCCAUCAUUUUCGAUAUGGCGUGCGGUACCGGAGAAGCGAUUAUAGCCCUAAAAGAGUGGUGGCAUAGGGGAUUAUUACACCACAAGGAGAGCCUCACGCAAUCUUCUGAUGCGACCCAAACAAUCCAGCCCGUCCCAAGACGAAGAACAGAGCUCGAGUUCUUGCCGAACCCACCCCUCUCCUCAGAGACCCCGUUACCUCGUGUGAUGGCUGCAGAUCCUUAUACGGCAAAGGCAUUUACAGAUCGGGUGGCUCUUCCCUGCGCAUCACUAUCCUUUACAGACAUAGCUCAAGGCAGCCUUCCGAACGAAAUCUACACAUUACCCUUACCCUCACUGGGAGGUCCCGGUGGUUCCGAGCCCAUGGUGCCUGCAACGAUCUCGGAAGGCGACUCUCGGCCAGACGAUCUUAUUGAGAUGGUGAUAUGCUCGUUUGCGUUGCAUCUCAUCGAAUCUCCCUCCGAACUCUUCUCGCUCCUAUGGGAAUUAAGCACAAAAUGCCGGUGGUUGGUGGUCCUGGCGCCGCACAAGAAGCCCGAGAUAAAGGAUGGGUGGGGAUGGGUGAAAUGGAACGUCACAACGUGGUCCAGCUGCUCAAUUUCUUCUUCUCAGGGGGAGCUCCUAUAUGACAAAGUUCACUGUCGCGUAUACCGCAGCCUCAGUACGAUGUGA